ACCUGGAGCCAGACCCGCUCUGUGGCGGCGGCAGUACCACCCUCUCCGCCUUGCCUUUGCGCAACUCUCGGCCCUUCUCUCGUCCGUUGGCUUUGCAUUGUUCUCCCCACAACCACAAUCAUGCUCCCCACCAGAGGCAUUGCCUUGAGAGGCCAGAAGGGCUCCCGGCCACAAGCCCUGGCUUGUCAGCUCUGCCAACGACCCGCAUCGCCCGCCCCUAUCCCUCAAUCAGUGGCUGCGCGGUCCUACGCAAGCAGCCCAUUGACUCGGAAUGCGCGCGGCCAAUUGCGACCACAGAAGGGCCUGAGAAGCCCCUGGACUGCGAUCACAUACAAUCCUACCCCUAGACGGUUCGAAUCAACCAAGUCCAACCAUCUCACAUCGGUGGACUUUGACGAGGCGGUGGCCCAGAUUGCCCACGAAUGUGCGGAGCUUCGGAAAACGGAUUCUGUGCCUCCCACCGACAAAGUUGUGAAGCUGCUGGAACGAUGCCAGAAAAUUGCAGAAGCUAUAGUCCUGCCGGAGCAGGACACCGGCAAGGUGAAAUCAUCGUCAAAACAGCAGCCCGAUGAGAUCUCAUCCCUCCUGGAUUUAGAGGAGGGGAAGACUACACGGAAACAACAGCAAUCCACCUCUCUGCCCCGAAAGACCCCCGAACAGAUCAUCGACCGCCUCUGCAAAGCCGUUCACGAACUCCUGACGGACGAAAAGGUCUUCAUCUCCCCCGAAGCGUUGACCUGCUACACCAAGAUCCAUGCCUUGCUCAAGCGCCCCGACCACUUCCCGGAGAUCUUCCACCUGUAUGCGAAUAAGCCGGUUCCGGAGGAGAACAGCUCUCCUGUCAAAUACCACAAGGCGAACCCCCGGAGCAUUAACAGCGCCGUGCCGGUGGAACUUGCGGAUAUGGCUCUCGAGGUUGCGAUCGAUCAGCGGAACCUGUCACUGGUGUUGGCCAUCAUCGAUACCACCUUCUGCACUCCGGCAUUCCGUCGCGCGAAGCUCUUCAAAAAGGCUGCUGUCCCGCUGGGUGGAUUGGCGGCGGCCCCUGCGGCCUGCUACACUAUUGCGUCCUGGGCCGCGACGCUGCAGAACACGAUGGACCCCAGCACCGCGACGGGUAUCGCUUUCGCCGCGACUCUGGCAUACGUCGGAGGCAUCUCAUCGGUUGGAAUUCUCGCUAUCACGACGGCCAAUGACCAGAUGGAGCGUGUGGUCUGGCAGCCGGGUGUGCCGCUUCGGCACCGUUGGCUGCGUGAGGAGGAGCGGGCGGCAUUUGACAAGGUUUCGCUGGCGUGGGGAUUCAAGGAUAUCUACAUGCGAGGCGAAGAGGAAGGCGAGGAGUGGGAUACUCUGCGGGAAUUUAUCGGUAUGAGGGGGAUGAUUCUAGACAAGACGGAUUUGAUGGAGGGGAUGCAAUAGCAUGCAUGCCUUUCAUGUAUUUACUGUACCAUGGACACAUCACAACGACCAUCUACAACACACUACACUGCACACUACACACUACAACCACCCUACAACAACUCU